AUGUCAUCAACUACAGCUGCAGGCUCAGCGCAGGGUGCUGCCACACCGGAGCAAGACCGGGAGAUCUUGAUCAAGGAGCUCGACGACCAGAUGAGCCAGAUCCACGACCUGGACGAAGGCAUGAGUAAGGUGGUGACGGCCGUGCUCACCAUUCUCUCUGUGGGCAAUGCCCUGCUUGCCGCUUUUGGCAUGGACGCCAUCCCGCCAAAAGUGUUCGCCGUCGUCGCAGCCGUGGAGUUCCUCGUCUGCCUCGAAACCAACCUCAUCAUCUCCCAGCUGCAGGUCUACCGCUCCAAGCAUGCCAUUGCGCGCCGCACCCUCAUGCUCAAGCUUGGGGGAGCCGGCAUCAAGGGCUGGUUGGAGGAAGGCGGGGAUGAUGACAAUGCAAGGUGCUGCUGUUGGUCCGCUGACACCACGGAAUGUUGCUGCGGGCAAAUGGGCAUCACCAGCUGUUGUUGGUUGGGAACCCCAGGAGGCAACAAAUGCUGCUGCGCCAAAUGUUGCUGCGACACAACCGAACUGACCGCCGACUCCUCCAAGAGCCAGGUGAGCGCAGUCACGUUUCACACGCAGGCCAAAUUCCAUCUCCUUAUUGCUGCCUCCGUCUUCGGCUUUGGCAUCCGCAACACCUCGUUCCAGCCAGUGGGUGUGACCUGGCAGUCGCUCUUCACCGCCAUUGCCGCCGGGUUCCUGAUAGCCAUCAUCACAAUGAAGAUGCCGAUUGGCUACGGCUUGGCAGCAGGGGGCGGCGUGCUCUGGUUCCUGCGCCUCAUUUCCUUUGCCUCCGACUGUAGGGAGUUUUUCAGCCAGUGCAAGAAGACCUUCUGCUGCUGCUGCUGUGGUGCACAGAACAAGCAGAACUGGCAGGGCGACGGACACCAAACACACGGCGUGGCACCGCACACACCACGCACACCACGCGCAGCACAGCCAGGCAGGACGGUCACAACGGAUGCAGCAGACACAGCGGACACAGCAGACACAACAGACACAACGGACCGACGCAAAGAACAGCGCGCACAAGGCGUGUUGAACCUCCAGAACGGCCAGGACGGGCAGGAUGCACAGGAUGUGCAAGGUGGGCACAAUGGGCAGACCACACUGCACGUACCGACCAAUCAAACCGCCUUGAACGUGCAAGAGGGGCAGAACGGACACGACGCGCAGAACGGACACGACGCGCAGAAUGGCCACGACGAGGAGGGCGUGCUGAACAUCCAGGACGGGCAGACCGGGCAGACUGAAACCUAA